CGCUAAUUUCACCACCCGGACAAGGUAACAACACACGAUGGGCGAGCGAUGCGCGACAACCACCACAGCGUGCGCGCUGACCGCACCAGUGACAGCCCUGGCAGAGGAUAACGGCCUCGUCUUUGUUGGCUGCGGCUGCGCCGUGAAGGUGCUCGAUGCAGGAUCACACUCCGUCAUCUAUGCCAAGGAGGUAUUUCGAAUUGGCAGCGUGUUUGGGUUUUCCUUCCCAGACAAGGACCAUGUGGUGUGCUUUGGCAGUAAGGAGGUGGCAACGCUGAGAUACACUGGCGUAAAGCAGCUCGUGUGCGUGUCCAACAUUACGCUGCGCGAUCGCAUGUGGACGGCCUCGUGUCGUCGCAUCAAGCACAAAGCGUCCGCUGAGCAACAGGAAUCUCGGCCCGACCUGCUCGAGCUCAUUGUCGUGCUGGCCCACAACCAUGUUCAGGUCCUCCACGCCCCCGUCUGCGAAUCCCCACAGUGGGAGGAAGCGGUGGCGUUUCGUGGAGACACGGCUUGCCUGUUGUACUCUGCUGGCUUGCACGACUACGGCACAAACAUCACCGCCGUCGCAUCAGGGACCAUUUUCCAGCAGGUGCGGCUGUGGCGCUUGCCAAACACCCGCCACCGCAAUACAGAGGAGCGCAUCGUGCCCGCGCGCGUGUGUCUGGAUGGGCACGACGGCGUCAUCUUCAACGUCUGCUUCUCGCCAUCGGGCGACAAGCUGUGUAGCGUGAGUGAUGAUCGCAGUGCGCGGGUGUGGAUGCUUCCUCCCAAAUGGGCGCACGCAGAUGAGCACACGUCGCAAACACAAUCAAUUGCCGCCUCUGUCGUGGUCUAUGGUCACUCAUCGCGCGUGUGGCGGUGUCUGCUGACGGAGACUGCGCUGUUGACUGCUGGAGAGGACGGGUGCUGCUGCGUGUGGGAUCACCAUGGCCGACGUCUCAGGCGGUAUCGUGGCCACCGCGGCGGGGGCGGGCUGUGGGCGAUUGCCGAUACCAGCAGCGAGGCCGUCAUCACAGGUGGAGAGGACGGCAGUGUGUGGCGGUGGUCCAUCUCGCCAGCAGCGCUGCAGGAAACGUCUGCAUUCGCCGGCAAGUGGAUCCCACGUCCACCAACAGCAUCAGCGGACACGGAUAUCACCCCAAGCACAACUGCUCUCCUCGACCGUUCGCGUGUCGUUGUGUGCACACACAGCGGUCACAUCAUGCACUACAACUUUGAGACGCAGCAAGAGAAGCUGCUGAUGCACUCGCCUCUUCUCCGCAAGUACAUCCUCAUUGCGACCCAAAAGCCGACGGCGAUGAACGCAUUCCCUGGCCAUCCCGCCACCACCGCCUCGCAUGUGUUCGCCGUAACAAGCGUGUGUGGCCGCGUUAUACUGUGCAGCGAGAGGGCGGGACACUUGCACACAUUCCGUGCGCACGACAGCAAGAUACUCUCGCUGCACUGGCUCACAGCGCCAACAGCACAUGUCAGUAAGCAGCAGCAGCAGCAACAGCUUCUGCUGUUCACAUACACGGCAGGAUGUGGUCGCGUGUGGCGACUGCACGUUGCCGACCGUGAUGGCAGUGGUAAUGGUGAUGGCGAUGACGAACGCACCGUGGGUGAUGGUGGUGAUACAACGGCGUCAGUGGGAACACCAGGGCAGGCCGUGGUGCGUGUUGAGUGUGUGUUUGAAUAUCGCGUGGAUGCGGGCGUGUAUGUGCAGUGUGCGGCGCUUCUGCCCUCUCGGCUUCUUGUUGUCGGCGACAGAAAGGGGUUUGUGCGCGUCUUUGACAUGAACUGCAGCAGUCGUCAUGGUGAUGGUGGUCAUGGUGACAGCACCGCUUCGGCACCUCAGCCGCCGCAACAGCCUGAGCAGCUCAACCCCGGAGCAACAGCAGCAACGGCGGCGACGGCAGGGGAUGCGGUGGUGCCAGCGCGCGUGUGCACAACAGCGAGCGCAGUGUUCAAGGCGCACGGCAAGCAGUCUGUGACGAGUGUUGCGCACAUGCCCACAGCAGAUGGGCGCGUGUGUCUGGUGACAACGGGGCGGAAUGGGUACUACUGCAUCUUCAACGUGAGUGCACAGCACAGCAGCAGUCGUGAUGGUGAUGGUGAUGGUGAUGGUGACGAUGAUGACGAUGAUAUGCGGCAGGGCUGUCGACGUGUGUCGCUCGUGCUUGCGACGAAAGCGCGUGUGUCCCGCCAGAUGGGCUGGUUGAACGCACUCGUGCUUGCCCAAACACCGCCAACGCGUGGUGGUGACGAUGAUGGCAAUGCUGCUGAUGACAACAGCAGCGGUGUAGUUGGCAGCGUGGCGAACCUUCGCGCGCUUGUUGUUGGGUUUAUGCGGCAGGAACUUGUUGUCCUGGAUGCACAGACCCAUCUUGAGGUGCUGCGCCAUGACGUGGGCGGGGGCCACCGCUCGUGGGACUUUGCAUCGACAGUCAGCGGUGACGACGGAUAUGCCGCCGUCUUUAUCCGGGAUGCAGCCCUCAACUUUGUGCGCCGCCCGCCAGGCAACUCCGCGGACAGUGGCGUGUGUGUGCUCGAGGGUGGACACGGCCGCGAAUGCGUCUGCGUGCACGUCUGCCGCUUUGAUGAUGGCACGCGGGCAAUUGUGACGGGGAGCGAAGACAACCGCCUUGGCCUGUCCACGCUGCACGAUGGCGGUGGUGAUGGUCAUAGCAGCAGCGGGCCUGUGGUGCAUCGAUUCCACUGCUUCCUUCGCCAUCACAUCUCUGGCGUGCGCUGCAUUGCAUCAUGCCGUCUUGAUGGACAUUUGGUCCUCUUUUCCGGUUGUGGCGGUGGCGCUGUUGCAGCCUGGACGUCAAAAGCAGCGCAACACGCGACAAAGGAUCCCACGCGCAAGCCAACUGCGCGUGUGCUGCUGUCUGCGGAGGUGUGCAGCCGUUGGCCGCCGCCGUCCGUUGCCGCGAGCGUGGAGGCGCGUGUCAUGGCCAUUGCUGUACUCCCCGCGAACACACACACUGCUCUUCUCGCCAUCGCCCUCUCAGAUGCAUCCAUCAGGGUCGUUGGUUUUCGCGACAGCGUGUUCUGGGAUCUGCUUCGCCUCAACUACACAUCAAGCGAUGGCAAAGGGCGGUGUGUGCUGCAGGCGACGUGGAUCAAUGCAGCCAACGACACCAACGCCGAUGAUGACAACAGCAGCGGUGGCGGUGCAUCUCAUGCACGCGGUUUGCUGCUGACGACAACCACGGAUGGGCGCGCGUGUGUGUGGGACCUUCGACACGUGGUGCAAGCGCUUGAGGGCGGUGCGUGGCCCGUGAGCAGUGAUGUCACUGCCACGUGGCAGAAAGAAGCAGAUGCGGGGACACAUCUCGUUGGUGGUGUUGCCAUCCACCAGUCCGGCAUCAACGGUCUUGCUGUCCUCCCUCGUGAUGGCGCGGAUGUUCAUGGUGACGGUGGCGGUGGCGGUGAUGAUGGUGAUUGUAAGGAUGUUGUUGGUGGUGGUGAUGAUGUUGCCGCCAGCAGCAGCAGCAGCAGCAGCAGCAGCAGCAGCAGCAUGUGCGGGCCGUGUGUCGCUCGCGUCUGCAUCGCCACUUGCGGGGAUGACAACGCCGUUGCAGCGACGGCUCUUCGCAUCGUCACCGGUCCCCGUGCGCGUGUGGAGGCCGUGCACUCGGAUAUGGUUGCUGCGGGCCACGCCGCCAACGCCACGUGUUGUGUUGCUGUUGACGGCGACCGCUUUGCCACGUGCGGCGCAGACUGUCGUCUCAAUCUCUGGGCAUGGACACGCGGCACUCGCGAGGCGCCUGCCGGCCGUUUGCACUUGAUUGGAUCCCGUGUUCUCAGCAUCCACGACGUUCAAGACCUCGCUGUCACCCGCAAUGGUGGUGUUGACAGCGAGCCAACACACAUCCUUGCUGUGGGCAUGGGCACACAAGCCCGUUUCAGGUUUUGUGGGGACCAGGACUGUCCCGAUUGGCUCUUGGCUGAGAUCAGCCUGCUGUCCAAAGUGAGCUCCGUCAAGAUGAAACUUCUUGCCAACAACAUCGCAAAGGACAUCACAGGGACACCACUGAACUACGAGAAGAUGCAGAAGCUGUCCAGCGACGCCAAAUUCGGCCCUGGUGACUUGGAGACGCUGAUUGCGUGCGUGUCCUUCAUCAUCACCAACGCGGCCAAGUUUGACGUCGAUGGGGCAUCGCUCUCCAACGAACUGCAGCAGCUGGGUCUGCCCAAAGAGCACUCCCAAGCGCUGUGCAAGUCGUACGAGAGCAACGCAAAGGCCCUACAAGACAAGCUGGCCAGCAACUCGCUGCGAUUGUGGCGGCUGAAGGACUUCGACUGGAAGGUCGAUUAUCUCCUAAGCUCGUCCGCCCUCGAGAACCCUGAAACGCCCACACUCAACCUGAGCGUGACAGUCGACUCCCCGUCGUCGUCAUCUGUAACCACACACCGUGCUGUCGUUGAGCCAGACAUGCUCGCGUCCCUCGUUCACGAGCUGGGGGAUGCACGCGAGGCACUGGCGCGGUUGAACGCAUAG